AUGGUGCUUUACAAGGGGCCGCGGCUGUUGGACUUUACAAAGACCCCUCCACAUCUUCAGUUCAACAAAUAUGUCCUGACGGGUUACCGGCCCGUGUCGAGUGCUCAGGAGUGCCUCAGGAGCCUCUUUUACAUGCACAAUGAGCUGGGGAACAUUUACACACAUGGCGUCCCUUUCUUCCUUUUUUUGGUGCUACUGCCUUAUAGUAUCCCGUGGUGGGAUGUUGAGAACGUCUGGAUCUGUGUGGUCCACUACCUGGCCUGCCUCUGCCCCACCAUAGGUUCAGUGGUCUAUCAUGUGUUCAUGAACCAUGUGGGAGGGGAACAUGUGUACGAUUCCUUGCUGUCCCUGGACAUGUUUGGGGUCUGCCUGGUUAACACUCUGGGUGCGCUACCCAUCAUCUACAUCACCCUUCUUUGCUACCCAACCGUGCAACAGACUGCCUUGCUGGCCUACAUUCUCCUGUCAGCCUACGGCAUCUACUGUGCCACUACAGCCCGCACUAAUGUCCUGCGCCUACGGGCUUUUGUCUGGCAAGCCCUGUUCCGCUUCAGCCUCUUCCUGUUUCGGGUGUACGGCAGUGGGGUGGGCAGCCCAAACUCACUGCGCCUCUUUGUCAUCAUGGACUCUUUGGCUGUUUUGGGAGGGGUGGUCAAUGUCAUUCAGAUCCCUGAGCGAUUUAGCCCGGGCAUGUUUGACAACUGGGGCAACAGCCACCAGAUUAUGCAUGUCAUGGUUAUUUGCUCGAUUAUCUUCCUCCACUGGGGCACACUGGAGGAUUUAGACUGGAUUAAGAACUACCAGUGUGCUGUUGAGUGA